AUGAAUCGCGUCGGCGCACGUCUCUUCGCCCUCCGCCGCGUCUUCCAGCAGAAGCGCAACGGUGGUGGUCACGGCCACGCCGAAGUCAACCCCGGCCCGCCAGUCACCUACGAUUAUGCGCCCAUCCCCUUCCAACCCUACAACAAGGUCAUUGGUGAAUUGAACACCAAGUUCAAUGUCUACCUGGCCAUCGCCGCUACCGCCUUCGUCGCCUCGUUCGCCUACGCCCUGAAGAGCGACCUGUUCAUCUACGAGGCUGCUUGGCGCCCACCAAAGAGCUACCGCGAGCGGAAG